UCCUCUGGUGUGUAUUGACAUGUACUAUGAAGCGAUCAUAAAUUAAAACCAAUCAAAAGGCAAACGAAACUUGUCCAAAAAAUUUCACGAGUAAAGAAAUUACGUCUCUAUAGAGAAUAUAUUACAAUGGUUUUAUUUUUAUCAGUGUUUUCGUUCGCGACUGGUGGAUUUUAAGGUUAAAUUCCCAAUAAUACAAUGAUGACAGACCAAAACAUUUAUAGCAUACAACUAGACCCGGAAACAAAAAUGCAUUGUACAUUGUAUUUGUUCAAAAAUGUAAAAAAUACUGCUGAAGUAAAAAAAAAGGUAAUCUCUGGGGAUCUUGCUUGUUGCUUCUUAAGACCUACAUGCAUAGUAGAUCCAUUUCAAAUAGUAAUAGCCGCCAACAAGGCGGCUAUUAAUGAACAUUGUAAUCAGUUAAUUACAAGGAAUAAAUUUACAGAGACUUUGUUUUAUCUCUCAAUAACUAAAAAUAUAUCCAAAUCACUAUCAGAUUUUGGGAUAAACGACAAUGAUACAAAUAUAUUGGUUGUAGCGAUUCACAAAAUAGACGAUCAAGAAUCUAUCUCAAAAAUGAUUAUUGAUAAUAUAAAAGGAGAAAGAAUAUCGCUAGAAGAGCUGAAAGAAUUAAAUAAUUUGGAACUAGUACAAAAAUAUUAUAAAAUUGAUAAAGAGGAACUAAUUGUAUCUACUUAUACAGAUUCGAUAAUAUCUAGAAUCGCUUGCAAAGACUUUUCUUCAAUGAAAUCAUAACGUUUGAUUAAAAAUAAUUCAUAUAAAAUAAAAAAGAAUAAUAAUAUUAAAAAAAAAAAAAAAGGAAAUACAGAAUGCAAAAUAUUUGGAUUCUUACCAAACCAAAUGAAUAUAUUUUAUUUUAUUCUUUCCAUUUAAGAAAACUAAAUAACUGUAUAAGAACACAAUAAAUACAGAACCUAUCUUGAA